GCGGCUCGGCGGCCAGUCUGAUUCCUCGUCGCAGUGCGAUACGGUCGAUAGAAGUAAGCCACGUAAUGCAACCACAGUGGUUGCAGUGAAUUGCAGUGACAAACACGAUACCACCGUAUGGCAUAUACGAGAAUCACCCUCGCCACUUUACGCGCGCCCUUCCUCCCUCUCGGUUUCAAGAUAAGCCGCUCGUUCAAUCCGCUCGCGGAUGCUGAAGACAUCGCCGCCACGUGAACAAAACGUUAUAGUGCAUUUUGGAGCAUCGGGAUUAUCGCAAAAUCUGUCGUAUUCUAACGUAGAAUAAUCUUCUAAUUCUUCCAUUGCGUGGAAGAAUUAUAUUUGCAUCGUUUAUGAAGAUAAUUAAUCUUCGUCUUAUACAAAAAUUUUCGUUGAUCGAAAAUUUUUGCGGAAGCUGUCAACAUUUCUGCAUUUUUUGCAAAUAAAAUUUAGAACAAUUCUGUUUUCUGAGUAAACGUCGUUUACUCUAUCGACCUUGUCAUAGAGAUAACAGUUAUCUACGCAUUUAUACAAGUUUCUAAGGUUGAUUAUCCGCGAGUUUGAAAAACGAAGAAACUUACAAGUGUAUAAAGAAUCCUUAACGAAUCCGCGGACAAUCAUCGGAGAAAUCAGAAACGACCGAUUCGACACAAUCACGUGAAUCCUUUUACCUCUGAAACUCGACAGUUGCAAAAUUACGGUUGACAGAAUUUGUAUAGAUCGUCCAUCGAUCACUCUGGAAUUUUCCGACGUGGAACCGUGACACAACCGUGACAUAAAUUUGCGACAAAAAGAAGAUAAAAGAAUCAUCGAAAAAGCGUACAAGGAAGAAGGUGUACAAACAAAUACGCUUGAACGAACAUCAGCCAGCUAUAAAAGCUUCGUGCAAACAGAGGCGAUAGCGUCAUCAUUGCCGUGACAUUGGACGCUCCUGUAAAAAUUGUUUACAUAUCUCGGAAACCGGCGUUGAUAUCAAAAUACUCUACUAUAUUUACGUCGUGAAUUCCUGAAUUGUCAGAAAUCAUUGAUCUCGGAGGAAGAAAGAGAGAGAGAAACAUGUUUCUUUUUUACUCUCGAUUCCAAAUCGUCAUUGUCGAAAGAUAAAUUUAUUGUUACACAUUUGCAUCCAAAGAUCCACAGUUUAUUUGUUGAGCAUAUCUGCCGAUCUGGAAUAAUGCCGGUGAUCUCGAAAUUAGUAUAGACUCGUCUUCCGUCAGAUAUUGUCAAGAUAUCGUUGAGUCGACGUGAAGGAAACACGCGUGUGGACUAUCAAGUGCAACUUAAGGGUGGAUGGUCGACGUGGACAAAGAGACGCCGACGAAGUAUCGAUCGACCUGCAUCUUGAAGAGGAUGCUCCCUUUGGUCUUGCACGAAUAGAGUUCACAUCGUAGUCACGUGCCACGACGAACGCGAGGACAGAAACGCAGUGAGGAUAGGGACGAGGAGAGGGAUAGAGGGAGGGCGAGGGAGGAAGCAGCAGGCGACGCUGCGACGUCGUCAUGGAAAAUCGAUUUGCCGCCGACCACCACCCCGCUACAACCACCCGACGAAGUGCAAUGACCUCCAAACCGGGAAGAUCUUACAGUGUGAGAUCUCCGCGAAUCGGAGGUCCUCUAUCGCAGUCGCUGGCUAUGAUUCCCCCGACUAUGCACGGACACGAGUUCAAUCAGCCCCUGUCAAGGGUAGUCAUGGUCCGUAAAACGGAUCAAAGGACUUUUAGCAAAGGAAGACGGGGCGGUGAACCUCUUCUGGAAACUGUUACCAGGGAAACCGUCGAACUCUUCAACGGCGGCCGAGCGGAAAGGAAGUAUACUUCCGAAACAAGAGAUAUCGUCACGCCCAAAUCCAACAGUAUGCCGUCGCUCAACGUGCAAGGAACGAAAAAGAAGGUGGUCGGUUUUGUCGAUCAAGUCUCGCCUGAAAGGUCGAGGACGGACUCGGUAAGAUCGAAGUCCCCGUUGACGGCAUCGCCGGCAUCACCGGGUCCAUUGUCGAAUUCUUUACACGGUAGUUUUCAUGGCAGUCUAGGGAGCGAUGGCAUGUCUUACAGCAGCGCCAGGUCCUCCUCGGCGUCUCCCGAUUCCGCGAGAUACUCGUCUUCACAGAUAACAAAGACUGACACGCGUAAACCGUCUGUGCGCAGAUCGGGGCCUCCGAAGGAAUUCAUCAACGUCUGCCUCGACACGCACAAUUUCUACCGAUCGCGGCAUGGAGCACCGCCAUUACGACUCAGCAAACAGCUGUGCAAGACAAGUCAAGACUGGGCUAACAUAUUGGCGACUAAGGGUAGAUUAGAACACAGAGCGAACAUUGACUAUGGAGAAAAUCUGUAUUGUAUGUGGAGUUCCAAUCCAAAAACUGUCGUUGGUGGCGAAGAGCCAGUAAAUGAAUGGUAUGCUGAAGAAACUCAGCAUCAAUAUGGAAAGGAACCUACAACGUUGAAGACUGGUCACUUCACUCAAGUGAUUUGGAGAGACAGUACUGAAUUAGGUGUGGGAAUGGCUAGGAAUCGAAACGGUGAAGUUUACGUUGUGUGUAACUACAAUCCCGCUGGGAAUUUCCUAGGCAGUUUCACGGAAAAUGUUCUUCCACCUGUGGAGACUAGUCCUGCAAAACGAAUUAAUUUUACCGACUUUAAGCAACAGUAUACGAUAGAUGAGCAGGCAUGGCAGCAGGAAGCAUUGCUAGUUCACAAUGAGUACAGAAGGAAACAUCGAGUAACGGACUUAAGAUUGAGUCCAGAAUUAACAGCUGCUGCCAAGGCCUGGGCGAACACAUUGCUAAACACAAAUAAAUUGAUACCUCAAUCUUCGUCUCCGUACGGCGAAAAUAUAUAUUCGAUGCAGUGUUCCGAUCCCAAACUGAUCGUCUCUGCGCGUGAAGUCAUUUCAAAGUGGUAUUCCGAGAAAAAAGAGCACAAAUUUGGCGUCGAGCCGAAAGUUCUCAAUACAUGCCACUUUACACAAAUUGUUUGGAAAAACACGACUGAAAUGGGUAUUGCUAUGGCUAAGCGAGACGGUACGUGCGUCAUAGUGGCAUGUUAUCAUCCAAGAGGUAAUAUAGUAGGGCAGUUCACCGAAAAUGUACUGAAACCUGUAAAGAACGUUUGUUAGCUGGUUAACCAGAUCCACUUUUGUCGAUAAUAAAGUUCUGUAUUUAUGUAUCGUGCAGAUGUCGUUACGCGUAAUAUAUGUAAUGUAUAUAUAACACUUUGUGCAUACACGUAGAAUAAACAUUCCACGUACAAGUAUUUAUAA